AUGAACAACAACUUCUUCAAACCACUCCAGAGCCCUCAGGUUGAGCGGCCACCUCCGAAUCCCCUGAAUCCAGUCACCUCUGCCCCCGCAGUCGCUGGAUCGCAGCAGGCGACGCGCAGCAAGAAGAAACGCACUGGCAAGAAGAAGCGUGGGAGGAGGAAGUCUUUUGCUGUGCUCCCAGAAGAGUCUCACGACGAGGCUGAGGCCUCGACCGCCCCCGUCGCUGCAAGACCCGACUUCUACCUGCAGACACGCAACUUCAGCAAUGCCAGCCUCGACAGCCAGACAUUGCUGGACCACCGCGACCAACAGCCACUCCGACCUCGUCGUGGCUCAACAAUGGCCACCCCUGGGUCCUUCCAGACUCCGCCAGCCAGUCGUUUGCGCGUGAGCCAUGCCCAUGGGGGUGAUAGUGGUGAUGAGGGAGAGCCAGCAUGGGACGAGAACGCACCCUUGCUGUCACGGUCAGCACAGAGAACAAAUACCAUGCCGUCCUUGAGCUACGGGGGUGGUACCAGCCAGUCCAGGCCGCGCGUUAGUCGUCGAGGAUCCAGCAGGUCGUCGAGGCAGCGCCAGCCUGUCUUCAAUAGCAUCAACUACCCCCCUUCUAUGCCAGGCUCGCCACGAAUUGCUGGUUCAGAUCCCCUAGACCUGACGUUCGGGGACGUUAUGAUCACCGAUGAGCUCGACGCCCGCCUCGGUCGGUCCCCGCAUAAUGAUUAUCGCUUGGAUGAUCACCAUUCGGAUCACGACGUGCGCAUGGAAGGCGCAUCCCCGGGUAUAGCACGGAGGAAGACCAUUGCCUUGCAGGCCGAGGCGGACGUGUGCUUCCCCAGCGGUGUCUCCGAGUUGGGCGAAGAGGAGCAUCUUGAGUCGAACAAUAUGCGGAGGCCUCGGCGCCGACGCGCCGCUUGGCCCGACCUCACAAUUCUCGAUGAAUGGAGCCGCAUUGAGAAAGAGGGCCGCAGUGAGGAACGCAGGGUCAAGCGCAUCACCGAGCCUCAACUCAUCAACGGACGUCUGCGCACGGUGCAUCGAGGCUGGAUGCGCCCCGAAGAGGACUCGCCGUAUCGAUUCACCUAUUUUAAUGAAGAGUUCCAAAGCACCAUCCAUAGUCAGACGAUCUCGGAGCUCGUUCAAGUUGGUGGCAGUUUCCGAGAACUGUUCAUUCCCGAACCUCGUGUCCUGUCAGACGACAGCGAGUCCGAUGAUUCUGAUGCGGAAGACGUAUCAGUGGUGACUGCUACACAGCAGAACCACGCCUCGAUUGGCCAGAACGGCGUGUCUGGCACUUCAACGCGCCAGAGCUCUGUUGUUCCCCCCUUGAGCGAGGAGCCCGAAUCAAUCAUCUCGGGCCAUGACAAGACUUCACACGAGAGCUCCAGGGCGCCUUCGGGCAAGGCGACGCCAACGGGGGUUAAGUCACCAACGCCGAACGUCUCUCAGCCAGAAGGUACACCAAAGCAACCCAAAUUUGGCGAACGACCGGUUUGGUGGCUUGACGUGCUGUGUCCAACCGAGGCCGAGAUGAAGGUUCUUUCCAAGGCGUUCGGGAUCCAUCCUCUCACGGCAGAGGAUAUCAUGGUGCAGGAGGCUCGUGAGAAAGUUGAGCUCUUCCGACACUACUACUUUGUCAACUAUCGAUCAUUCGAUCAAGAUUCCGAGAGCGAAGACUACCUCGAGCCCGUCAACAUGUACGUCAUCGUGUUCCGAGAGGGUGUUUUAAGCUUUCACUUUUCAAUGACGCCUCACUCUGCCAACGUCCGCCGACGUAUUCGUCAACUCAAAGAUUUUGUCAUCGUUAAUUCAGAUUGGAUCUCAUACGCCAUCAUUGAUGACAUCACGGAUGUUUUUGGUCCCUUGAUUCAGAAUAUCGAGGACGAGGUUGACGACAUUGAUGAUGCUAUUCUUCGACUGCACUCUUCAGGUGACGUACAGGCAAAAGAUGGACCACUGUACUCGGAGAAGGCGUCAGAUGACGGACAUCCCUUCCAAAAGGAGAGCCACAUGCUUCUCCGUGUCGGCGAUUGUCGUAAACGGGUCAUGAGCCUCUACCGGCUUUUGGGCAACAAGGCAGACGUCAUCAAGGGCUUCGCAAAGCGUUGCAAUGAGCGAUGGGAGGUUGCACCGCGGUCCGACAUUGGAUUGUACCUUGGCGAUAUUCAGGAUCACAUUGUGACCAUGACAUCAAACUUGAGUCACUACGAGAAGAUCCUUGCACGUUCCCAUGCAAAUUACCUUGCCCAGAUCAACAUUCGUAUGAAUGAGCGCUCCGAACAGACGGCCGAUGUGCUUGGAAAACUGACUGUCUUGGGCACUAUCGUCUUGCCUAUGAACAUCAUUACCGGGCUGUGGGGUAUGAACGUGUGGGUUCCCGGGCAGGAAUACGAGGGGGACCUCACUUGGUUCUGGUGUCUGACAGCGGGCUUAUUGGCGUUUGGUCUGACCUGCUUCAUCGUUGCGAAGAGAGUGUAUAAUAUCGUGUAG